AUGCGCCUCUUCAAUAAGUUUCACACUGUAUGCGCCUUGGCCGUAGCCAGUAUCCUGCUUUCGGCCUGGUUUCUCGCCUCCCAGAAUUACUAUAGACGAGUGGUGCCGACCAAUGGUGAAGACUCCAGUUUCAAUGUCGCUACCUCCUUUGAUCGGAGGUUAGUCGUAUUCGGUGAUUCAUGGAGCGAUAACAAUGCGGGCGAGCUUCAAGGGUCUGUCUGGACGGAGUGGCUUUGUUCGAAGUUUCAAUGCCAUCAUGAGAAUAUGGCGCAGACAGCCAAGUCACUUAGAGGAAAGUAUAUUGGCUCAGUCGUAGACAACGAGUUACCAGAUUCCUUGCUCAACUUACACAAGUCACCACUGGCCGACUUCAAGGCUCAGGUCAGUCAGUGGACCGCCGCCGAGGCACGUGCUGUGCAAGAAGACCUAGCGGGCAACAAGGAAGCGAUCAGCCACCGCCAGAACCACACCAUUAUUGUCGUUUCCUUUGGUGUUUGGGAUGUGUGGAACAUGUUGGAUAAGGACUACGACACUGCAACGCAAUCAGUAGACCGCAGCAUUGGUGUCAUCAUCGAUCAGCUCAAUGUGCUGUCUCAGAGUUUGGGCACGAAUGAGCUCAAAGUCAUCCUGACAUUGACACCAGAUGUCACCUUCCUUCCAGCGUUCAGGCCCACCAGAAGCCAUAUCGGUCGGCACAAAGAGGCGGUCCAAAUUACGGAAUAUUGGAACCGUCGACUUCGUGAGGCUGCGGAAAAAUGGGACCUGGGCACAAUCUAUCUGUUCGAUACGAACGCUUUUCUAGCCGACCUGAUCCGUGAUUGGCAACUAUAUGCUGCCGGCAUUGAAGAACCCAAUGGGCUGGGAAAGAACCAGGAACCUGGGUGGGAAAAUGUCGACGACGCAUGCGUCGAAAAUGAACAGCAACUAGUGAUGACAUCAGAAGUGAAAAAAUGUGACAACCCAGAGAAGUUCUUAUUCUGGAACGAGAUGCAUCUGGGUCCCUCGGCCCACCGACUCAUGGCAUAA